CUAAUUGGGCCGGCUUCAAGGAAUUCAACGAGGACACCUUCGCCGCUCUUCCCAUCCCCACAGAUGUGCGCGCAGGUGAACGCUCACAUUCCGCAAGAUGCUCACAUCUGCUGCGGCCCGCUUCGUCCCAGCUGGAAGUUUCAAGGACAUCCGUCCUCAUUUCCCAGCCGAAGAAGCCAGCUUGGCAAACGAGCGUGACCACCUACGCAAGGCCGAUCCCGGGGAUCCCCGCAUAAGGGAUCUCAAUUUGGAGAUCAGGCAACUGGUAAAUCAACAUAAGCGGACCAAAUGGGCUGAGCACCUGAAGACCUGUAACCUCACCUCUGGGGUGAGUAAGCUCUGGUCCACCGUUAGGUCCCUGUCGAACCCGACGAAGCACAACGACAAGGUGGAUAUCACCUUCAACGGUUGCAUUUCGUCGGACCCGAAGAGAUGCGCGGGCUAUUUUAGCCGGCUUUUCAUACUGCAUCCUCCGGUCGACAGAACCAAACGUCGUGCUACCAGACGGUUGCACAAACUGCCAUACAACAGUGCACCGCUUACUUUCACCAGCGACGAGGUUCAGGGGGCCAUCGAACACAUGAAACAAUCGAACUGCUGGGUCCUUUGGGAGUAGAAUACCUCACUAAGGUCUUCAAUCUGUCCCUGGCCACUCUCAUCAUCCCUGACAAGUGGAAAGCAGGGAGAGUGUUCCCACUACUCAAACCUGGGAAACCCGCCAACCAAGGGGAGCCUUAUCGUCUCAUAACUCUCCUUUCCCCAGUAGUGAAGACACUUGAAGCCCUCCUACUCCCACUCUUCACGAAACACUUGGCCCCAGCCCCACAUCAGCACGGUUUCCGACGAGUGCAUAGCACCACCACUGCACUCACCGCCAUAAACGCCCAAAUAAACCGCGGGCUUAACCAAAAUUGCCCCUGCGAGAGGACUGUCCUAGUAGCGUUGGACCUGAAGAAGGCUUUCGACACAGUCAGCCAUUUCCACGCUACUAGAUGACAUUUUACAGUCGACACUCCCGCCAGGGCUGAAGAGGUGGACCGCGAACUACCUGAGUGGUCGUCACUCGUCGGUGAUAUUUCGAGACCAAACUUCAAACAGAGAAAAAUAAAGCAAGAAGUACCGCAGGGUGGUGUCCUUUCACCCUUGCUUUUUAAUUUCUAUAUUUCGAAACUCCCCCAGCCACCAGAGGGAGUCUGACUGGUCUCAUACGCUGACGACUGUACGAUAAUGGCAUCGGGCAAUGACAUCGUUGGCCUGUGUUCCAAACUGAACAACUACCUCACCGACCUUUCUCGCUUUUUCACUGCGAGGAAUCUCAAACUUUCCCCCACUAAAUCCACGGCAACCCUCUUAACCACCUGGACAAAGGAGGUGUAACCUUUGACAGUUUGCUCUCCUUCUCUGCGCACACAACCGCAAUUGCCACUAAAGUCCAAAACCGCAACAAAGUCCUCAAAUCGCUUGCCGGCAGCACUUGGGGCAAAGACACAUACUGUUGCUAUCGACAUUUAAGGCAAUUGGUCGGCCGGUUCUGAACUAUGCAGCGCCCGUCUGGUCGCCUGGAACUAGUGACACGCAGUGGAUAAAGCUACAGACAUGUCAAAAUACCGCCAUUCGGACAGCGACCGGUUGCCUCCUGAUGUAUCCCAUUCAACACCUGCAUAACGAGGCACAAAUGCUCCCAGUAGCGGAGCACAACAAACUGCUCGGCAAGCAGUUCCUGCUGGGUUGUUACCACAGGUUUCACCCCUGCAGACACCUGCUUGAGCCUGAGCCGCCUCCCAGGCACGUCAGGAGACACCUUUUAGACUACGCUGACGAAAUCCAGGACAAAACUGACCGCAAUCUACUGGACCUGACAGUGUUUAGACAGUUAUUAAACGACAUUCACCGGGGAGCGUCACCACCUUCUUAAGUUCCCGUCCUGUGAAUGCCGUAAUCGGAGUCCAACCACCACAUACAUCAGAUGAAGAGCUCCAGCUUCCUCGUGAGACACGUGUAACACUGGCACAAUUACAUUCUGGAUAUUGUAGCAGGUUAAACUCCUACCUAUCCAGAAUCGACCCCGACAUAGCAAACAUAUGUCCGGCAUGUGAAGGCGCCCCGCACGACACUAACCACCUUUUCUCAUGCCCCCUAAAACCGACUCAUCUAACACCCCUCUCCUUCUGGGCCCAUCCCGUCGAAACAGCAUGUUUCCUGGGCCUACCCCUAGAUGAGCUAGACGAAGACGACCGGUGAUAUGCCCGACACUGGCGGGGCUACUAUUACUGUUAAACAACAAACAAACAAAGAGCUCCAACUUGCCCGAGAGUCUCGCGUAACCUUGGCGCAAUUACGUUCUGGAUGCUGUAGCAGGUUAAACUCCUACUUAUCCAGAAUCACCCCGACAUACGAAACAUAUGCCCGGCAUGUGAAGGCACCCCGCACGACACUUACCACCUUUUCACAUGCCCCAUUAUGGUACACCCAUUCAUCUAACACACCUCUCCCUCUGGACCCAACCCGUCAAAACAGCUAGUUUCCUGGGCGUACCGUUAGAUGAGCUAGACGAAGACGACCGGUUAUUACACUACACUAACAGGGCAAAGUUACUGCUACAACAACAACAUCAACCACAUUCACUGUUGGAAGCUAGAAGCGAAUAUUUCAGUUUUAAACAUACAAUUGCGAUUAAAACCAGGAAAUUAUCUGUGUCAGUACAUACAUUAGAUCUUUUGUUGCAUGGAUUGAAAUCGAAUGCUAAUUCAGAUAUCGAGUAUAGGCAGGAGCUCACAGAUUUAGAGAACGUCAUACAAACCUAUAUCGAUACCGCACAGCGCACAGCACAAGAUAAAAUCCAAAUGGAUUCAAUAAAAUUAAUAUAAGU